AUGCUCGAGCGCGCACACAUCCGCUUGGCGAAAGCUGAUGGCCAACGGAAAGCCAGCAAGAUGUCUGCCCACAGCAGUUCACCACCGAGCUACGUUUCAAAGAAAGACAUGGUGCCCAAGCACACCAACGAACAUGAACGCUAUGCAAGCGACACUACACAUCAGCAACAGCAGCAGCAGACCGUCCAGACCCAGUCCUACGUCCGCAACAUGAAACAUCCCUCAACAAGGCAGAUGCUCCAUGGCCCAAGCGUGGCCAUUACUUCUCUGGAUUUACCCAUCGACCGCCAUUAUGGAUAUGCACAAUACCACUUCGUCUUCCCACCUUGCUUUGAUCCUGUAAGAGUGUUCCGGAGCAUGUGCGAUCCAGGUGAGAAGCUACCAAGACACUUGAUCCGGCUCCGCGGCGAGAAGCGGAAUUGUGUCCUUGAGCCGAUCGUGGUGGUGCGAAAAUCGAACCAGAUGGGUCCUGGGAAGGAGGAGGAUAAAAUCGAGGCGGAUGCUGUUGUUGUUAGGCUUGCGGGUGCUUAUUGCGAUGAAAUCUGCGCCAUCGUGGAGAAGACUGUUGGGAAGGAGGCCGAUGCUCUUGGCAAGGCUUUGGGUAGCGUCCAGGAGAUGCAGCAGGCUAUGAAUUACUCCAACGAAAGAUGUUGGCGCUGGAAGUACCAUAGGAAGGCAGGUACUAUCAUCAGCCGCCACGAGGCUUAG